AUGGGGAAUGAAAAGACUUAUAAUGUUUCUGGAGUAAAACCCAAUGCUUCUCAGGAAGAACUAAAAAAGGCAUAUAGGAAGCCAGCCUUGCAAUAUUGCCUAGUUAUGAAUCCAAAUGAAGGAGAAAAGUUCAAACAGAAUAUUCAAGCUUAUGAAGUGAUUUCUGAUGAAAAGAGAAAAGACUUGUAUGGCAAUGGUUGAGAAGAAGCCAUGAAACAGAGUAUUUUGGUAGUAGCUUUGGUCCCAUUAGAAAUAUUUUAUAUGCUUUUUGAAAGAGGUAGAAGAAUGAAAAAUAAACAGUUAAAAUUAUCCAUGUUACCUGUAACCUUAGAAUAUUUCUAUAAUUGUAUAACAAGAAAACUAGCAUUGCAAAAGAAUUUCAUUUGUGAAAAAAAUGUGAAGGACAGGAUGGUAAAGAAAGGAGGUAUAGAAUCCUGUCCCAAUUGUAGACAUAGAACGGAAAUAAGAAUUCAUCAGAUAGGAUCCAGAAUGGUUCAGUAAAUUCGAUCAUUUUGCAUGGAAAACCAAAGGCAUAGAGAAUGAAUGGGUCCUAAAGAUAGAUGUAAAUGCUGCAGCAGAAGGAAAUUAGAGAAAAAUAUUCUAGAGGUUCAGAAUGACAAAAGCAUGAAAGAUGGUCAGAAGAUAACAGUCCAUGGUAAAGGUGACCAGGUGGCUGGACCUGAGCCAAGAGAUAGUAACAUUAUUUUGGAUCAGAAGGUCAAUGCUAUAUUUACAUGACAAAGUGAGGACAUUUUCAUGUGUAUGGAUAUUCAGUUGGCUAAAGCUAACUUUCAGAAACCAAUAUCAACUUUUGACAUCAGAAAUGUAGUCAUUGCUUCUCACUCUGGUCAGAUUGCCAAACAUGGAAAUAUUAAAUGUUUGUUUAACGAAGGCAUCCCAAUUUAUUGCUGAUUUUAUGAAAAAGGGAUUCUAAUAAAUGAAUUUAAGGUAAACUUUCCAGAGAAUGGCUUUCUUUUAUGAGAUAAAUAUCUGUUGGAAAAGUUACUGCCUGAAAGAAAGGAAGGAAAGGAGACUGAAGAAUUGGAUCAAGUAUAACUGGUGGACUUUAACCCAUCUCAAGAAAGAAGAUACCAAUACAAUGGGGACAAUGGUGACACUUAUAAGGAUGAUGAAUAUCAUUCCAGAAGUAAUGAAUAA